CGCAGUUAUGUAAAUACAGGUUUGUGGAAUGAGUCGAGACUGAGGAAGUGUAUGCUACGUUGGAGGGUUCCGAUUUGUCUGAAUAGCGUUUCUUUUCUCUUCAAAUUAACAAUGGCAACACCUGAUCUCCGGACUGAGUUGGUUAAGUAUUUGGAAAGUCUGAAUAUCCAGACGGUCUGCGUAGACCAUCCACCGGUAUUCACUGUGGAAGAGAUGAUGCCUCACCUGCAAGACCUCAGUGGAGCAGUUACUAAGAACCUCUUCCUGAAAGACAAGAAGAAGAAGGGCCUGUGGCUAGUCUCUGUCCGCCAUGACCGUCCAGUCAACCUCAACGACCUGGCUAAGAAGCUAGGCUUGGGUAGCGGCAACCUCCGCUUUGCUGAGGAGGCGGCCAUGUUGGAGAAACUGAAGGUGGGCCAAGGCUGUGCCACUGCCCUGGCACUCUUCUGCGAUAAGGAACAGAGCGUCAAGGUUGUCCUGGACAGCGACCUGGUCAACGGAGGCCAUGAGCGAGUUUACUUCCAUCCCAUGACCAAUGCUGGCUCUAUGGGACUAAAGCCAGAGGAUCUCUUGAAGUUUUUAAAGGAGACAGGACAUGAACCAGUUCUUCAGAGCUUUGACUAGUAAAUACCUUGAAAUUAACAUACUUACUAUCCUGUCAGGCUGUGCUUUGGCUUGGUACAAUGAUUUAUUUAAAAGUUAUUUACCUUUGUGCCUGUACUUCGGGUUAUCAAGAAAUGUCCAUUAUUGUAAAAAAAUAAUAAUAAUAAUAGUCAAACAUUUGGGACAGAACAAGGGAUGGAGAGUCUUUGUUUUCUAUGGGCAAGAGACCAGUAGAUAGUUGGUUAUAUCAUGUACAUGGUUGAAAGACAAUGUAGUAGUGAUUUAUGGCGUUUGCAUUGUAUCUCCCUCUGCGAGAUCUAGUCAUUUACACUGUUUUGAUACUAAAUACUGCAGUGUAAUAAAGCAGAUGAUGAAACAUUGA